UUCCGGAGGAUUACAGUCCCUUUCCCACGCUGCCAUCUCGCCGUGCGGCUCCUCUGCCCUCUGCGCGGGGUGAGCGGCUGGCUAGGAGGGGCUCCUGCCAAUUAGGGUCCACGGAGAGCCCAGCCGGCAAGGGAGAGACUUUCUGCUGGAUUUGCUUUGGGAUUGUACCGGCUUUGCUGGGAGAGCUGCCGUUCUCACUGGAGGGUCCACCCCAGCCCGAGAGAGGACCCGGCAGGCAGACUACAAGGUCAUUCCUCUUCCCUUUGGGGCUGUGUGCCAGGCUGGCUGGUGGAUGUGAAGACACGCUGGAGAAGACAAUAAUGCUGCCUACAACUGCUGGCCACCGGUGGAGGAGCAGGUUCCUCAUGAGGUGGCAAGAGGCUUGUCUGCUUGGCUGUUGGCUGUCGCUGUGUGCUGCCGAGUCCUUCUUUGCUUGUCCUUCCUCCUGCAAGUGUAACAGUGGCAACCUGGAAGUGGACUGUAGUGGCCUGGGCCUCUCUUCCAUCCCCUCAGACAUCCCCACAAACACCAGGACCUUCCUCUUCCUCAACAACAAACUCAGCACCCUGCCAGGAGCAGUGUUUUCCAACCUGUCUGCCCUACAGAGGCUGGAUCUAUCGAACAACUUCUUGGACCAGCUCCCUCAGAACAUCUUCAGUGAUCUGGGGAACCUCACGGAGCUCCAGCUGAGGAACAACAGCAUCAGGGCCUUGGACAAGGACCUGCUACAACACACAGCCCUGCUGCGCCAGCUGGAUCUCUCCAUCAACGGCCUGGCCCAGAUACCCUCGGGCAUCUUUGACGACCUGCCUGCUCUCCGCUCCCUCUCUCUCAGGUCCAAUCGCCUGCAGAGCCUGGACAGGGUGACCUUCGAACCGCUAACCAGCCUGCAGCACCUCCAAGUUGGGGAUAACCCCUGGGAAUGCGACUGCAACCUCCGAGACUUCAAGCACUGGAUGGAGUGGUUCUCCUACAGAGGUGGGAAAAUUGACCAGCUGGCAUGUACCCUGCCCAAGGAGCUGAAAGGGAAGGAUAUGCGAAUGGUGCCCAUGGAGAUGUUUAACUACUGCUCCCAGCUGGACGAUGAGAACAGCUCUACCGUGCUGGACAAUACUGGCCCACCCUGCACUAAAGGAAGCCCAGCUCCUUCCAAAUCUAAAUCGGGCCCAGAAACAGAAGUGGAGCCCAGUGUGGGAUGCCCUCAGAAACAGCGAUAUAGGCCUGUGAGCGUGCGCCGGGCUAUUGGCACUGUGAUCAUUGCAGGGGUGGUUUGCGGCAUUGUUUGCAUCAUGAUGGUGGUGGCAGCUGCUUAUGGUUGCAUCUAUGCCUCCCUUAUGGCCAAGUACCACCGGGAGCUGAAGAAGAGGCAGCCACUCAUGGGUGACACAGAAGGUGAACAUGAAGAGCAAAAACAAAUCUCUUCUGUUGCAUGAAACUCUUCUAGGAAGGAAGGGACAGCAAUGAACAAAGGUACCUGAGAGCAGUCAAGGAUGGGGUCUUCCCAAAAUACAUCUUCCCAGACAGACAGACUGUGCUAUUGCUCCACUCGCCCAAGUAGUGCAACAUGCUUCUGGGGGGUCAGGGCACCUGGCUCAAUUUCUGUUCCUCUGCCCCAGGCCCAUUUUGUGCCCUUUCAUCCUUGGGCCCUCCCAGACAAAUAAAGUAGAGUCAGACCUCGA